UGAGGGUCUGCAGGGGGUGUGGCGUGGAAAGUGGGAGGGCAUGGAGAGAGCCUGUGGGGUAGUGGAGAGUCAGCUCUGGGGCUUUGGGCCAGCUCACAUGGAGGCAGACAAGGGCAGUGCACGGGGUUUUUAAUCACCUCUUUGUACCUUGAAGCCUCUGCCCAUCAGAGCCCUGGAGCGCAGCAGCCAGGUACGUGCCUAUGACCGACCCAUUCCAGCUGAGUGGUGUGUGGCCGGUCCCCUAAGUCUCGGCCACCUGUUGUUAGGGCUGGAAAGGAACAAAACAGCUCCAAGUGGACAAAGGUCUCUGAUUCAAAUGGGUCCCUAGUUCACUGGAGCCACCUCCCCACCUCUGACUCCUUGGGAGUAUUCACCUUUGAAUUUAGGAAUUUCCAACUUUCUGUUUUGCCAACAACCCUGCCCUUUGGUGUGGGGUCUGAGGGUUGGGACCCAGAGAGGGUGUUGCUAGGCUGACGAUGGCAGCCUUCAGAGGGUGGGAGGCCACCCCCUCCACUCCUUCCCCUAUCCUCUUUGUAACUGCUGUUUUUGUUUUUUUUAAUCAAAAGCUCUAACUUUGUGAUGUAAUGAGGUGUGGCGAUGAAGGACCCAGCCCCGGUGUCAGACCACGUGGUUUGAAUCUCAGCUCUGCUAGUCAUGUGGCCGGGGCUGCGUUUCUUCAUUUCUCAGCGCCUCCAUUUCUUCAUCUCUGAAGUGGGGUUAGUAAUGGUCCCCGUUACUGUGAGCCUUAGAUGAGAUGAUGAGCAGCAAAUGAUGCCUGAUUCUUACUGACAAUGGCUACCACUUUCUGAGCACCUGUACAUCACUACAUGCCUGGCCUGACUUGGCUGGGCUCUAGAGCUUGGGUGCUUCUGGCCACACUACUCUGUCUCCUGACAGCACCUAUGUCCUUUGCUCCUGAACUAUUUGAAAUGUCAGGAAGAUAAGACUUUGUCCUUGGACAAGUGGCAGAAGGCUAGGGUGUAGCCAAGUUAUCAGGGUGCUUCCUUUCUUUCCAAAUCGGGUUUGCCUAGACCACCUAGCCCCACGGUGCUUUAAGAAAGAAUCAUCGUAAUUCCAGCCUCCUUUCCUCCCCUGGGCCCCCAAACCUCUCCAUCUGCUCCAGGUGCCCCGCGGUCAGUGGCAGGACCAUCGCUAUGUAAAUGUCUGUGCAAAUGCACUGUCAUUGAACACCAGUUCUCCAGCGAGGCAGGACUACCUCCUGACACCAUCACUUCCCAGCCAUGGGGCCCAGGGCAAGGACCGUCUGCUUCCUGUUCUUCCUGCUGUGGGUCCUGGCUGAGCUAGCUGAGAACUCGGACUUCCACCUGCCUGGGGAUUACCUCCUGGGUGGCCUCUUCACCCUCCAUGCCAACAUGAAGGGCAUUGUCCACCUCAACUUCCUGCAGGUGCCCAUGUGCAAGGAGUAUGAAAUGAAGGUGAGUGGCUACAACCUCAUGCAGGCCAUGCGCUUCGCGGUGGAGGAGAUCAACAAUGACAGCAGCCUGCUGCCUAAUGUGCUGCUGGGCUACGAGAUGGUGGAUGUGUGCUACAUCUCCAACAAUGUCCAGCCGGCGCUCUACUUCCUGGCACAGGAGGACAACCUUCUUCCCAUCCGAGAGGACUACAGUAACUACGUGCCCCGUGUGGUGGCUGUCAUUGGCCCUGAAAACUCUGAGUCUGUCAUGACUGUGGCCCACUUCCUCUCCCUCUUUCUCCUUCCACAGAUCACCUACAGCGCCAUCAGCGACCAGCUGCAAGACAAGCAGCGGUUCCCGGCCCUGCUGCGUACCACACCCAGCGCCAAGCACCACAUCGAGGCCAUGGUGCAGCUGAUGCUGCACUUCCACUGGAACUGGAUCAGUGUGCUGGUGAGCAGCGACACCUAUGGCCGCGACAAUGGCCAGAUGCUGGGUGAUCGCCUGGCCGGUGGCGACAUCUGCAUCGCCUUCCAGGAGACGCUGCCCACACUGCAGUCCAACCAGGACAUAAUGCCAGAGGAUCACCAGCGCCUGGUGAGCAUCGUGGAGAAGCUGCAGCAGAGCACGGCGCGCGUCGUGGUUGUGUUCUCACCUGACCUGAGCCUGUACAACUUCUUCAGGGAGGUGCUGCGCCAGAACUUCACAGGCGCUGUGUGGAUUGCCUCCGAGUCCUGGGCCAUCGACCCGGUCCUGCACAACCUCACGGGGCUGCACCGCACGGGCACCUUCCUGGGCAUCACCAUCCAGAAUGUGCCCAUCCCAGGCUUCAGCGAGUUCCGCGUGCGGGGCCCACAGGCUGGGCCGACCAACCAGAGGUCUACCUGCAACCAGGAGUGUGACACCUGUUUGAACUCCACCUUGUCCUUCAAUACCGUUCUCAGGCUCUCUGGGGAGCGCAUCGUAUACAGUGUGUAUUCUGCGGUCUACGCCGUGGCCCAUGCCCUGCACAGCCUCCUCAGCUGUGACCACAGCACCUGCACCAAGAGGGUGGUCUAUCCCUGGCAGCUGCUUGAGGAGAUCUGGAAGGUCAACUUCACUCUCCUGGACCACCAAAUCUUCUUCGACCCGCAAGGGGACGUGGCCCUGCACUUGGAGAUUGUCCAGUGGCAAUGGGACCUGAGCCAGAAUCCCUUCCAGAGCAUCGCCUCCUACAACCCCCUGCAGGGACGGCUGAAGCACAUCCAAGACAUCUCCUGGCACACCAUCAACAACACGAUCCCUGUGUCCAUGUGUUCCAAGAGGUGCCAGUCAGGGCAGAAGAAGAAGCCCGUGGGCAUCCACACCUGCUGUUUCGAGUGCAUUGACUGCCUUCCCGGCACCUUCCUCAAUCAGACUGCAAAUGAAUAUGAUUGCCAGGCCUGCCUGAGUAACGAGUGGUCCCACCAGAGUGAGACCUCCUGCUUCAAGCGGCGGCUGUCUUUCCUGGAAUGGCACGAGGCACCCACCAUUGCUGUGGCCCUGCUGGCCGCCCUGGGCUUCCUCAGCACGCUGGCCAUCCUGGUGAUAUUCUGGAGGCACUUCCAUACGCCCAUGGUUCGCUCGGCUGGAGGCCCGAUGUGCUUCCUGAUGCUGACACUGCUGCUGGUGGCGUACAUGGUGGUCCCGGUGUACGUGGGGCCGCCCAAGGUCACCACCUGCCUCUGUCGCCAGGCCCUCUUCCCCGUCUGCUUCACCAUCUGCAUCUCCUGCAUCACCAUGCGCUCCUUCCAGAUCGUCUGCGUCUUCAAGAUGGCCAGCCGCUUCCCGCGCGCCUAUAGCUACUGGGUCCGCUACCAGGGUUCCUACGUCUCUGUGGCAUUUAUCACGGCACUCAAGGUGGUCACUGUGGUGAUCAGUUUGCUGGCUACGGGCCUCAACCCCACCACCCGCGCUGACACCGAUGACCCCAAGAUCAUGAUCAUUUCCUGCAACCCCAACUACCGCAACAGUCUGCUGUUCAACACCAGCCUGGACCUGCUGCUCUCAGUGGUGGGAUUCAGCUUCGCCUACAUGGGCAAGGAGCUGCCCACCAACUACAACGAGGCCAAGUUCAUCACCUUCAGCAUGACCUUCUAUUUCACCUCGUCCGUCUCCCUCUGCACCUUCAUGUCUGUCUACGAUGGAGUGCUGGUCACCAUCGUGGACCUCUUGGUCACCGUGUUCAACCUCCUGGCAAUCAGUCUGGGCUACUUCGGCCCCAAGUGCUACAUGAUCCUCUUCUACCCGGAGCGCAACACACCAGCCUACUUCAACAGCAUGAUCCAGGGUUACACCAUGAGGCGGGACUAGUGCCUCCCAGGGGCGUCCAGGAGGGAGGGCCUCGGCAUUGGGAGGCGGAAGCUGGGGGUCUUGCUGGUUCAACUCCAGAGGGAGGCAGGGAAGCCAUCCCCAACUUUUCCCACCUUGCCCUGGUUUCUAACUUAGCAGUUUCUGGAGGUUCUCUGCAUCAGGGCCAUUUUUGCCCACUUAGUGAUGGAUGCCUUAAAACAUCCACUUAGUUCCUUUCCCUUGACCAAUUUUAAUUGCCAGGCACUGCCACCUUCUUCUAGAAAAAAACCACCCAAGGUGACCUAUUGGUUUUCAAGGACAGUCUGAUUUAGCAGCCUACAGCUGCCAUCUGGCGGUCACAGUGGGCAUCUGUGGGUUGCAGCUCAUUCCCUUCACUCAAGUUCAAGGCCAAGGGAAGCCCUGUGGGGCGCUGGGCUGGGCUGGGGGGGGGGUUGGUGUGGGCUGGUGGGGCCUGCCGGUCAGCCCGUGAGCUCGGAUAGUGCAGCCGUGGCUCCAUUCGCCAGCUGUCUCACGUGUCGGUUCCCUUUCCUUAUUCCUGAAGAGCUCGGGCCCAGAUCCCUGGGUUAUCUCGCAGGGCUGGCCACGCAUAGCAUGCUUCCCAAAUGCUUGUGAAUAAACCUCCCUUGGGUGAAAUGAAUGCGCUUCCUUCCCGUUUUCAGAAGUCCCUUGAGAAAGAACAUGUGGAAUCAGACCUCAGUCUCAAUCCCAGUAGUGCCACUUCCAGGCUGUGUGACUUUAGGCCGCCACAUUGACUUCGAUGUGGACAACAGCUUACAUUUGUUGCCAUGUCCCUGGCUAAGAAUUUUACUACUGAGUCCACAUACUCCUCGCAAAACUCUAUUGGAUAUGUGCAAUUAUGCUCCUUAUUUUAUAGAUGGUGGGCCGAAGGCGGGGGAAGAACUCAAAGAAGUCAUAGAGCUUACCCAGAGUCACAAAGCUUGUCUGAGCACCCCCUUCCUCUCCCCAGAGCCCACUCCCGGAGCCACUGUCCUUUAUGGGGUGAUAUCCGGGUGGCCUGGCCUGGGAAGCUGUCCCCACUGCAGUGCAUGGGGGAAGGCUCGGGCUCCCUUGUCAAGGAGCUGUGCUAUGGCAGGGGAUUCAGAUGUUAAGGAGGUGGCUGGUGGGUGCAGUGACCAGGGAAGUCUUUGGGAGAAGCUAGCAUUUGGAAAGAGCCUUGAAAGACACGGAAGUGUUGGAAGGCUGGAAGUUUGGAUAUGUGGGGGAGGGACAGGUGGGGCCAGCAGGAGGAAAGGCGGGAUGGAAGGAAGCCCAGGCAGUUCCAGGAGGAGCAUGUGGCCGAGAGUGGCCAGGCUGUGAGAACUCAGCUUCAAAGGACGGCUAGGGCCAGAUGCAGGGGGGUCUGGCCCUGGGUGUCUGGUGUCUGGACCUUGUCCUCCCUGGGUGGCUACUCCCAGCAUCCUGUGCACGUGCUGGUUUAUCCCUCCCCUGGGUCACCUGGGAUGCCAUCCUGCCCCUGUCUGGCCACUGUGACCAGGGUCCUCUGCGGCUCGGUCCUCUUCCCACAGUCCCCAGUGCUGGCCUGGCCUUGUGGGCUGGAGACUGCUGGGCACAGACCCCAAGGAUAGAUGGUCAAGGUAUAGAUGGUCAAGGUCUUUCUAGAAUGUUCCUCUCUGUCUCCUCCACUCACUUCCCAGGGGAGCCCAGAGCCUUGACUGAGGCCCACUCCAGUCCCAAGCUUUCGGGGAGCCACCCUGCAUGAUCCGUCCCUGGGUGCGGCUGUAUCCCAUCCCCCUUGCCCUUGGGACCAGAUUGUCAGAGGCUCAGGGAGUUUUAAGCUGUUAAUUCUCUUUUCUUGCAUGCUUCUGAUGCAUUGCUUUAAUAUUUUUUUAAAGAGAUAAUCACCUCAUUUCUUGGUUCUGCCUCUUGGACCACCAUGAGCGAAGAGAAUCCUGGAAUCCCACUGACCUCAGAGGGCCUCUGCUCCACACCUCCUAGAGCAGCCCUGAGGCUGGGAUCUUGAGCCUUUAGCGUUCCCUCCAGUGACGGGAGCCUCACCGAGGACAACUCUAGUUAUCAGAAACUUCUUCUUAGCUUGAAUCAAAACCUGACUCCCUGGGAUUUCUGUUUAUGGACACUAGUUUCAUCCUUUGGGAUCGUGAAUUAAAUCUAAUUUCUAGCCUAAGCAUGGUGGCUCAUGCCUGUAAUCUCAGCAGUUUGGGAAGCCAAUGUAGGAAGAUUGCUUGAGGCCAGGAGUUUGAGAUCAGCCUGGGCAAUGUAGCAAGACCCCAUCUCUACAAAAAUAAAAAUUAGCUGGGCAUGGUGGUGCGUGCCUGUAGUCCCAGUUACUUAAGAAGCUGAGGCAGGAGGAUCUCUUGAGUGCAGGAGUUAGAGGCUACAGUGAGCAAUGAUUGUGCCACUGCAUUCCAGCCUGAAUGACAGAGCAAGAUCUUAUCUCCUUUCCCAGAAAAUUGAAUUCCUCUUUCUCAUGAUGUCUUUUACAUACAAUAACAAAAAGAAUUGCUUUUCAAGGAGCACCUACUGUGUGCCAGGUACUUUUCACACAUUAUCUCCAGUCCCCACAGUGACCACGCCCCAUGGGUACCAGUGACGUUGGUGGACAUGGGCCAGUGCCUCCCAGACCCCAUCCUUCUGCUCUGCCCAGCAGUCCCUGUAUGGUUCCAAGUUAGAGGAGUUCAUCUCCUGGCUCCAAGGGGUGCAGCAGGCCAAGUCAAUCAGCGCUGUUCUUCCCAGUCUGCAGUGAUUGGCUCAGAGGUGGACACAUGACCUUGGUUUGUCCAAUCAGAGAGACUCUUAGAACUUUGGCUAGAACCAAGCUGCUUUCUAUAGGAACUUGCAAGGCCCUAGACCCAAGAGCUGGGGGCAGUUCCUGUGGGAUCGCAAGGCAAGUCAGCCUCAGGGGAAAGCUGGAACUUAUAGAAGGCAAAGAGGAAAGAUGGAAAAACUCAGCCCUUGAAACUCUUUAUGAGCGAUUGGAUCUCACCUGAUGGCAGCCCUGUCUCUGAAACCUUGCAUUUCCUGAGUCAGUUAAUAUCCCUUAUUGCUUAAGAUAACUUGAGUUGGAUUUUCUGUCCUCUGCCACCCAAAGCAUCCCUGUACUACUGUAAAGGAAACUGAAGCUCAGAGAUGCUGAUUAAGUUGCCUAGGGCCAUCCAGCUCUUAAGUCAGGGAGCUGGGAUUUGGGCUCAAGGGGAAAUUGGGAGAGGUUACAGCAAUUGUGUUCUCAGGUCACCUCUUCUUUGGUCUGAAGGUCCCCAGGUGCUCUGAGGACCUGAUUUUGGCCACCAUCCUGGUCCUCUCCUCUGGGCACACUCUGAUUUGCAAGUGUCUCUCUUUGAUCACCUUUCGAUCUUUCCUCUUUGGCCCUUACAUUCCUGCCCAGAUCCACAGUCUCUGGCCACCUGAGUAAUGUCUUCUAAACAGUCGCCGUCAGGAGCCCGCCUGCCUCAGAAACCUAUGGCUCCCCAGUGCUUGGGCAGUACGUCCUCACUUAACGUUGUUGUACAUUCUUGGAAACUGUGACUUUCAACACAAAGACAAGGCAUAUAAUAAAACCAAUAUUUUGUUCUCAUCAAUAUUAUAACAAAACAACAUUAUCUGAUGACCUGCUGUAAGUCCUUUCAUUUAAAGUCGCAGUUUCCAAAAGCUUAUCCACAACAGCAUUGAGUGAGGGCUUCCUGGAUGGUCAUGCCUGACCUCCUUUGUGUGCCGUGGAAAGCCUCAUAAAAUCUGAAUCCUGCUCACCUUCCCAGCCUCAUCUCCCAGUGGCUCCAGUGGACUCCUGACUAUCCCCAAACAUGCUCCUGGUUUCACACCUUUGCUCAAAAUGUUCCUUCUUGAUUGUCCUAUGGGAAACUUACAUUUAUCCUUCAGGGCUGGGGUCAAAUGCCUCCUCCCCUGGGGAGACUUUCCUGCUUUAGGGAGGAGGGGAUUCUCUGCUCCUAUAGCCUCUUGAGUUUCAUCCCUGUUGGUCCUAAUGCCUGGGACUUGGCUGCUGUCUUUCUGGUCUGGGACUUCAUGCAGGAGAGGGUCAGCCGUGUUCUCUGUGAAGCUCUUUUCUCACCUGUUGUGGUCACCUGCAACGCAUUGCUGCUUGAAGCCUUGAGCACUUGUUGGCUGGGCAGGGCAAUAUCUGGGGCCAUUUGCAGAGCUGGCACUGACCUGGUGGGAGUGUCCUUUUUGGGGACCUGGCGGCCUGGCUCCAGGCCAGGUGAAAUGUGCUGGCAUUUCCUCCAGUGGCUGCAGAGGGCGACGGAGAGAAUGACAAGGGGAAUGCAGAGGUUGGAGCUGAGCCUCACAGAUAAGGAGGAGGGUGUGGUCAGAACUCAUGGGUGGCCUUUCCAUUAUUCAGACCAGAAACCUCAGAGUCAUUCUUCACUCCGUUUCUCUCCCAUCCCAUACCUUAUGGUAAACUAAAAAUAAAAUCCCAAGUCCUCCAUUGGCUGAAAGGACCCCCUCUUGGCCAAGGGGACCAGGGGAACCUUAAAAACUGGGUUCUAGGCCAUGAGGCGAAGGGAAGUCAGAUGCCUCGUUACAUCCCUUCUGUUUUGGGGUUUAGGCACCACUGACCAGCAUUCAUGGUAAAAUCAACGUCAUACAUAAGACAGACAAAACACCCGUUGUGGCAGUAGGAUACCAAGUUAUAAGCAAGACCUAAAGGCGUGACAGGGAAGGGCUAGGUCAGCCUGCAGGCCAUUGAUCUCACUCAACAGGCCAUAGCGUGGCUGACUCUGAUACAGCAUCCUCAUCUUUUUUUUUUUUUUUGAGACAGAGUUUUCCUCUUGUUUCUCAGGCUGGAGUGCAAUGGCGUGAUCUCAGCUCAUCACAACCUUAACUCACCACAACCUCCGCCUCCUGGGUUCAAGCAAUUCUCCUGCCUCAGCCUCCCAAGUAGCUGGGAUUACAGGCAUGCACCACUAUACCCAGCUGAUUUUUUGUAUUUUCAGUAGAGACGGGGUUUCUCUAUCUUGGCCAGGCUGGUUUUGAACUCCUGACCUCAAGUGAUCUGCUCACUUCGGCCUCCCAAAAUGCCAGGAUUACAGGCGUGAACCACCACGCCUGGCCUACAGCAUCUUUAUCUUAACUUAAACAUUCCUUUCUGCUAACUCAAACUUUUUAGACAAAGUUUUCUUCCUUUUACCAAUUGUGGAUUAAAGAAUCUCUGAAUCUACCUAUGAUAAGCCCCCACUUCAAGAUAUUCUGCCUUUUGGGGCCAAAUCAAUGUAUACCUUCCAUGUACUGAUGUAUCGCUUUGCUUGUAACCCCAGCAUCCCUGAAAUGUGUAAAACCAAACUGUAAUCCGACCGCCUCGGAGACACUUCCUCAGGACUCCUUGUAACUGCGUGUUCCCAGGCUGUGGUCAUUCAUAUUGGCUCAGAAUAAACCUCUUUACGAUA